AUGGCCUGGCCGGUCAGCCCGCACCCCGGACACGGCCCUCCUUCCCCGCCGCCGUCCGGCUCGCCUGCGGGGACUUCCACGGCGGCCCUGCUGUCCUUCAGCGCCCUGGUGACCGCGGCGGCGCUGGGCAACCAGAGCGAGGCGAGCGGGGGCGGCGACGACGGGGUGACCGGGGCAGCGGCGAGGCCAGCGUCCGGCCCGGGGUCGGCGCCGCUGCUGUCGCACGGGGCGACGGUGGCGGUGCAGGCGCUGGUCCUCCUGCUCAUCUUCCUGCUGUCUAGCCUGGGCAACUGCGCCGUGAUGGGCGUGAUCGUGAAGCACCGGCAGCUGCGCACCGUCACCAACGCCUUCAUCCUGUCGCUGUCGCUGUCCGACCUGCUCACGGCGCUGCUCUGCCUGCCCGCCGCUUUCCUGGAUCUCUUCACGCCGCCCGCCGCCGCGGGGCCCUGGCGCGGCUUCUGCGCAGCCAGCCGCUUCUUCAGCUCGUGCUUCGGCAUCGUGUCCACGCUCAGCGUGGCGCUCAUCUCCCUGGACCGCUACUGCGCCAUCGUGCGGCCGCCGCGGGAGAAGCUCGGGCGCCGCCGGGCGCUGCAGCUGCUGGCCGCAGCCUGGCUGCUGGCGCUGGCCCUCUCCUUGCCCUGGGAGCUGCUCGCUGCGCCGCGCGAGCCCCUGGCCGCCCAGAGCUUCCACGGUUGCCUUUACCGGACCUCCCCGGACCCCGAGCGGCUGGGAGCCGUCUACAGCGUGGGGCUGGUGGUGGCCUGCUACCUGCUGCCCUUCCUGCUCAUGGGCUUCUGUCACUACCACAUCUGCAGGACCGUGCGCCUGUCGGACGUGCGCGUGCGGCCCGUGACCACCUACGCGCGCGUGCUGCGCUUCUUCAGCGAGGUGCGCACGGCCACCACCGUGCUCAUCAUGAUCGUCUUUGUCAUCGGCUGCUGGGGUCCCUACUGCUGCCUGGUGCUGCUGGCAGCCGCCCGGCAGGCCCAGACCACGCAGGCGCCCUCGAUCCUCAACGUGGUGGCUGUCUGGCUGACGUGGGCCAACGGGGCUAUCAACCCUGUGAUCUAUGCCAUUCGGAACCCCAACAUUUCCAUGCUUCUGGGACGCAACCGCGAAGUGGGGUACCGGACUAGGAACGUGGACGCUUUUCUGCCCAGCCAGGGUGCGGCUCUACAGGCCAGAAGCCGUAAUCGCCUUCGAAACCGCUAUGCCAACAGGCUGGGGGUUUGCAGCAGGGUGUCCUCUUCCAACACAGCCGGCGGGGUGGGAGGGGACGUGGCCAUGUGGGCCCGCAAAAAUCCAGUUGUGCUUUUCUGCCGGGAGGGACCACCGGAACCUGUGACAGCAAUGGGCAAACAGCCUAAAUCUGAAGCCAGGGACACCAGCCUCUAAGAAGGGGCCUGCGGCUUGUGUUAGCAAAUUCCCAUCGCCUUCAUUCAAUGACCUAGAAUUCUGGAGAGAAUCGUGGAUUCCAUAGACCCAAACAUUUAAAACUAAAGAGAGAGAAGGAAAGGAUUAACAUCCCCCCCC